AUGCUCUUAAAAUUUGCAGUUCCGCUAUUUUUAAAAAUUUUAUGUGUACUGCCUAUUUCAACAUCCAUCCCAGAAAGAAUGUUUUUAACGUUAAAGAAGGUUAAGACAUACACUAGAAACUCAAUGCUUGAAGAUCGUUUGAAUGGAUUAUCGUUGUUGGCAGUACAUAAAGAUAUCAAUGUUACACCAGAUGAAGUCUUCGAUGAAAUGUCCAAAAGGCCAAGAAAACUUGAAAUAGUAGUUUAG